UCUGUUUCAGAUUUAGUAUCGUACCCAUGCAGUACCAACUUGCACUACAAGCAAGUCGCCAAAGUAGGUUCGAAUUUUUCCAUAGGAGACGGUGAAAACUAGUACCUGCGUGAAGUGUAGUAAAAUAGAUAGUUUAUUUACAUUUUAUAGAUCCUUCAUAGACCUAAACCAAAUAAUCCAAGAAUGGACUCUCAUGCCCUUUCCAGAAUGCUGCAAGUUGGCCUUUGUCCGUGCCUAAGCAGGUUCAAAUCAACCACAAGCGUUAAACAGGAAUGGCCUCAACUUGAGCAGUCAACUGUUGACGAAGCUGACAUUAAGCACCACAGUGAGAUGGCCAGCAAGUGGUGGGAUGACAGAGGAGUUACGAGGGGUCUUCAUGCAUUAAAUAAGCUGAGGAUACCAUUUGUACGUGACGGCCUUCUUAAUGUAGGCCAGAUUAAUUUAGCAAAAUGGCAAAGUCCUCAGCCUCUGCAUGGAAUGAAGAUUUUGGAGGUUGGAUGUGGUGGAGGUAUACUGACUGAACCACUCGCAAGAAUUGGUGCUAACGUAACUGGAAUUGAUGCAAGUCAAAAUAUGAUUGAUACAGCAUCUUCACAUGUGUGUCAAGAUCCUAAUAUAUCAAACUCCAUUAUUUACACGUGCAGAACGAUAGAGGAACAUGCAAAGGAACACAAAGAUUGUUAUGAUGCAGUUGUGGCAACAGAAGUAUUGGAACAUGUCAUUCACAAAGAUUUGUUUUUGGAUGCAUGCAUAUCAACAUUGAAGCCUGGUGGAUCCAUCUUCAUCACAACUCUGAACAGAACAAUUUUAAUGUGGGCAAUUGGUAUUUUCUUGGCGGAAUAUGUUCUGAAAGUGGUGCCGCAAGGGACUCAUGAUUUGAAUAAAUGUAUUACGCCACUUGAAGUACAAGCUUUACUUGAGAAAUAUGGAUGUACCACAAAACUCAUCCAUGGGAUGCGGUAUAAUUUUCUGUCAAAUGAAUGGCAUUGGUCAUCAGAUACCAGUAUCAACUACGCUAUCCAUGCAGUACGAAAGCAGCACUGAUUGUGUCGCCUUGAACGACGUCACAGAAUGAAGAGAUACCUAAACUAAGUUUCUAUACAAGGAAAUGAUUGAGAGUUCAAGAAUUUAAGUUGGUGUUCCAGUGAAUACAAAUAAUUGUAUGUAUCACAUUAAAUUCCAUAGACUUGUUUCAUAGGUUUUUAAAUGUGAGUUUUAUGUUUCUAAAAUCUUGUAAUAAAAUCAUCACAUGGAAUUAAGCUUUACUAAAGAAUUUGCUGUAGUGAUUACUGAUAUAAUAUACUGUGUUUAAGUGUGGGGUGAUGAAUGUAAUUUGUAUUCAUGUAUUGGAAAACACAUAAGAUGUCAGACCUUUUCAUUGUGUGAUGUAAAUUUACAUCAAAAUUUUUUUGUUAACAGUAAGUGGUGGCAGUGAUCCUCACAUACAACAGCGUUUUGUCUGAUAUUACCAGAAGGUAGGAAAGGACAUAUAAUAAGGACUGCUUACACACAGCUGUAAUUUAAUUCCAAAGUUAAUGUCAUUUUAUAAAAAAGAAAUGGAACUAUAAUAAUUCCAAGAGUAUUGUACGAGGUCUGUUCAAAAUGUAUCGGACCUUAAUUUUUCCCACAGAAACAAAUGAAGCACGGGAGGUGUCCUCCGGUGGAGGGGUGUAGGGGACCUGCAUGCGUGAAUUUUUUCCCGCCCGCCCACAGAGUAUGUAUUCUUUUUCAGUUUAAUACAUGCUGAUGAACACAUAAUCAAUAUAUAAUCCAUGCACAUUAACCAUUUUCAUGCUGAGCUUUGUUUAUGUGAUAACGUAGCAAAAUCGUUCAAGAUACCUCAUGACAGGUAGCGAAUGAAGUAUAUUUUCGCUAACAUUACUGCAACAUAAUCAGUAGUUAAACAUGCAGUCUUGUUGAAAUUGAAUUUAUUAUAUGAAUUAGUACAAUUAAUCAUUCUUCUUUAAUUAAUUUUCUGUUGGUCUACAAACUGCAGUUGUAAUAAUUUUCCUCAUUUUCAAUUAUGUUAAAGUCCAAAUACUUUCAAUUUUCACUCGUCUUCACAGCUAUUUAGUACGCAGUUCUCUACUUGCUAGUUCUGCCACCAAAAACCCUGUCACUCAACUGACAGAAAUAAUUUAUGCUGUGACUGACUCCACAUUCUAAAUGUCUCUCAUCCCUCAGUCCCCUCUCCAAGGGUGGCAUGAUACACACCCAGCCAACUGCGUGGAGCGAUGUCUCGACGGGCCGAGUGUACGUGUUGCGUUACUAAACAUCAGAUGUUUUCAGAAUGGAGAAGUUUUUCUGAGUGAAGUAUCGUGUUAAGUACAUGUAAAGGGUUCAUGACUUCGGAAAAUCAUUUCUUGCAGAUUAAUUAAAACUGUAUUAUAGAUUAAAUAGAAAUAUUCUUUUUGUUUGUAGAAAGUGGUUAUUUUGGGGUAUUGUAAUGUAACUGAGAUUGUUAUCAGUCUCUUUGUGCAGAUUUUUAUUUCAGUUGUGUAUCUUGCAGGCUGGCAUUUUUGUUAUUAAAAAGUUCUCAUAGGAACAUACCAGGAAAUAUUGAUGGAGAAUGUUUAGUUUUGGUAUGUCUGAUUUCUUGUUUUUCAGUUUUGAUUGCACAUUUUAAAAUCUCAGCAAUUAAAACUUAAAUAGUUAUUAAGACAUCCAAGGACUAUACAUUUUUACAUUGAACUUCUUUAAAGCUAAAGAGAACAAUUCAAAAUAUACAUGGUCAUGAAUUUUUUCAGUAAAGAACUCCAGCCACUGACAAAACAUUUCUCUGUUGAUCCAUCCAUUGCACAAGACACCAGGUGUCCUAUUGGAGCUCAAUCAAGAAGCCAUUUCUCUGUGUUUGUGGGAGAUUAGAAAUGGUCAGUAAGCGAGUUGCAUAGCAGCAGCAAAUUGCUGUUAUUUCCACUUGUUUCUUUCCUGUAGUUGAAAGAAUUUUGGGAGGCUUUUUGUUGAAGUUUGUACACUAGUGUCAACCAUUUUGUAAAGACUUUUAGUUCCUACAGGAAAAUGCAUAAACAAAUCAUUUGUCGA